UCCGCUUUUUGUUGCUCUUUUAAGUAGUUCAACAAGUGAAACUGCUAAGGUUAUUUUAUUGGCCAAUUUUUGACAAAAUAAGUAACGGUAAAAGAGGUAUAACAAUUGCUGCUCAGCCAUUCUACCAUGCUUCUGGUAGAUUAAAUAAAUUUAAAUGAAGGAUUUAUUUAGGUCUUUGGAUUCUUUGCUAUUGUUUAUUAUUUGGACAUCGUUCAUUAGUAAUGAAAGAAUUUGAGCCUAUUAAAUAUUUAAAUGUUGUAGAGGAAAAUAAAAUAGAAACUCUUUCACUAAAUCCAUUAAUGAUUGCAUCAAUUGUUGAACAGAUGGAAAUAGAGAAAGAAAAAUUUGAUUUAUCUUCAGUAAAGACAAUAAUAAGUGGUGGUUGGAUGGAUCCAACCAAUGCUAGUGAAAAACUAAUUAAUUAUUGUUCUUCUUUAAAAAAUUUUGUUAACAGUAACACAGAAAUAUAUUUAAAAUAG